CAGCGGCGCUGGGCUUCCAGCUCGGUGCUGUGGGUGUGGGAGACGCUGCCGCGCUCGCAUGAGUUGCUGCUGCCGGGAGAGGAGGCGAGGUACUCACUAAAUUAAUGAGAUGGCCAUCACCACGCAAAUCUCCAAAGAUGAGCUGGAAGAACUCAAGGAGGCCUUUGCCAAAGUUGACCUCAACAGCAAUGGGUUCAUCUGCGACUACGAGCUGCACGAGCUCUUCAAGGAAGCCAACCUGCCUCUCCCUGGGUACAAAGUGAGAGAGAUCAUCCAGAAGCUCAUGAUUGACAGCGACAAGAAUAAAGAUGGGAAGAUUAGUUUUGAAGAAUUUGUCUAUAUUUUCCAAGAGGUGAAAAGCAGCGAUAUUGCUAAAACUUUCAGAAAAGCAAUUAACAGAAAGGAGGGAAUCUGUGCGAUCGGGGGCACCUCGGAGCUCUCCAGUGAGGGGACGCAGCACUCUUACUCAGAGGAAGAAAAAUAUGCCUUUGUAAACUGGAUAAACAAAGCCCUGGAAAAUGAUCCUGACUGUAGGCACGUUAUUCCAAUGAACCCAAAUACAGAUGACCUGUUCAAAGCUGUGGGAGAUGGGAUUGUGCUAUGCAAAAUGAUCAAUCUUUCUGUUCCGGACACAAUUGACGAAAGAGCAAUUAACAAGAAGAAGCUCACACCGUUCAUAAUUCAGGAGAACCUGAACCUGGCGCUGAAUUCUGCAUCUGCCAUCGGUUGCCAUGUUGUCAAUAUCGGUGCAGAGGACUUGAGGGAAGGGAAACCCCACCUGGUUCUUGGGCUUCUCUGGCAGAUCAUUAAGAUUGGCUUGUUUGCGGACAUUGAGCUCAGCAGAAAUGAAGCACUGGCUGCCUUACUUCGUGAUGGUGAAAAUCUGGAGGACCUUAUGAAACUGUCCCCAGAAGAGCUGCUCCUAAGAUGGGCCAACUUCCACUUGGAAAAUGCAGGCUGGCACAAAAUCAAUAACUUCAGCUCAGAUAUCAAGCUUACAGAUUUUGGUAAUUCAGUAAAGGAUUCUAGAGCUUAUUUCCACCUUCUCAAUCAAAUUGCACCUAAAGGGCAGAAAGAAGGAGAGCCUCAGAUCGAUAUUAACAUGUCAGGUUUCAAUGAGAAGGACGACUUGCGAAGAGCAGAGUACAUGCUUCAGCAGGCAGACCGGCUCGGGUGCCGGCAGUUUGUCACGCCAGCAGAUGUGGUCAGUGGGAAUCCCAAACUGAAUCUGGCCUUUGUUGCAAACCUGUUCAACAAGUACCCAGCACUUACCAAGCCUGAAAACCAGGACAUUGACUGGACUCUACUAGAAGGAGAGACCCGUGAGGAACGGACUUUCCGUAACUGGAUGAACUCCCUUGGUGUGAACCCCCAUGUAAAUCACCUCUACGGUGAUCUCCAAGAUGCACUGGUAAUACUACAAUUAUAUGAAAAGAUCAAAGUUCCUGUUGACUGGAAUAAGGUUAACAAGCCUCCAUACCCGAAGCUGGGAGCAAAUAUGAAAAAGCUAGAAAACUGCAACUAUGCUGUAGACCUGGGAAAGCAUCCAGCCAAAUUCUCCCUGGUUGGCAUUGGAGGACAGGAUCUGAAUGACGGAAACCCAACGUUGACACUAGCCUUAGUCUGGCAGUUGAUGAGAAGGUACACGCUGAACGUCCUCGAGGACCUG